AUGUUGAAAUCCACAUUGCCACGUCUCGGGCAAUCACCCUCUGCCGGUGCUGCUUAUUCCAAAGUAUGGUCGACCACCAUCAAGAUUCCAGGACUUGCGCAAACCACCGUUCCUCCCACCGUGCCACACAUUCAUGACGAUCUUGAGGAAGCAUCGUCGCUCGUACAUGACAUGUUGACUCGACACAAGGGACGCACCGUAAUUAUGACUGGUGCAGGCGUAUCCACGGACUCUGGUAUCCCUGACUACCGUGGUGAUGGGGGCACCUAUGUCCGUAAUCCUAAGCAUAGACCUAUUCUUUAUCACGAGCUACUUUCCUCUGAACUAUUUCGCCGAAGGUAUUGGGCACGAGGCUUUAUGGGAUGGCCAGAGAUGAGUAAAGCUCGCCCAAAUUCAAGUCAUCAUAUCAUGGCAAGAUUCCUAAGCGACGGAUACAUCAAUCAUCUCAUUACACAAAAUGUGGACAAUCUUCAUCGAGCUGCAGCAGCUGCACAACAACCGCACCAAGAUCAAAUCACAGAGUUGCAUGGUUCUUUAUAUCAAGUGGAGUGUCUCGAUUGCAAAACGGUUGUUCCACGUGAAGCCUAUCAACGACGUUUAUUUGCAAGGAAUCCAACAUGGGCAGCGUAUUUACCAGAGAAGCCUAAAAUCAAUCCUGAUGGUGAUGUCGAGUUACCAGACCACAUGUCUUAUGGGGAAUUUGAUAUUGCUCCUUGCACAACAUGCGCUAGUCGACGAAUGAAGCCACGAGUUGUAUUCUUUGGUGAAAAUAUCCGCAAGGAAGUAACCACCGCAGCAGAAACCAUGGUGAGGGCAUCAAGUGCCAUGUUGGUUGUUGGGUCAUCGUUGGCUACUUAUUCAGCAUACAGGCUUGUUCGGAUGGCCAGCGAAGAGCUCGGGAUCCCUGUCGGUAUCCUAUGUAAAGGACAAACGAGAGCUGAUGCAUUGGCGUCUUGGAAGAUAGAAAUGGGAUGUACAACGGUGCUUGAACGAGUGCAAGAGCGUUUAUUAUUAUCAUCAUAG